UUCUAAAGAUUUGUAUUAUGUUCUAAAGUUUUCCAUUAUGUUCUAAAGUUUUCCAUUAUGUUCUAAAAUUUUCUCUUAUGUUCUGAAGAUUUGUAUUAUGUUCUAAUAUGUAUCCAUUAUAGUUUAUGUUCAUCUUAUCCCUUUAUAUUUGCACUCUAUUUAAUGUUAGUUGUAUUCUAAUUAUUUUUAAUUGUUUUUAAAGGAAAGUUGAAAAUGUUGAAGCGGAAGUAAUUGAUAGAUCGGAAUUUGAGAAGCAUAUUGAAAGUAAAAGUGUUGCUAUAAGACAUAGAAAACUUCCAACAAGGCUUCAACCACCUCGAAAAUUGCAAAAAAAGGAAGGAAGAGAAAAAGAUCAAGAAGAAGGAAAAGAUCAAAAAGAAGAAGAGGGUAAUAAUGUAGAGGAUGAUGACAAGAAUAAUGAUAGUAAAGAUGAUGGUGAGGAUGAUAAUAAGGGUGAUGUAAAGAUGAAAGAGAAAGAUGAAAAAGAGGAGAUGGAAGAUGAUAGUGAGGAGGAACAAAAAAUCAAUAAAAAAAAUCAAACUCAGAAGAAGAAAAGAAAGAUUGAAAAAGAAGAAGAUGGUGAGGAUGUCCAAGUAGUAGAAGCUAAUGAGCAAGAUAAACUAGUUAAGAGGCAACCUUAUCAAAGAGUACCUCCUACUCAAUUCAUGAAGGAUGUGUUGAUAAAUCUUUCGGAAAAACAAAAGCAAGCUAUUCGGAACAUUGGUUUUGGAGGCUUUUUGGAAUUGGAUUUACCAAUCCAUAUUAAUUCUACGUUGACAGAAAACUUGGUUACGAAUUUUGACACGGAGAGAUGUUGUUUGAUGUUACCAAAGAGAAAACAAGAAAUCUUUUUGGAGGCAAUUGAUGUUCAUUUGGCUUAUGGGUUGCCAUUGGGAGGCAAAAGGAUUGAGCAACCAAAUGAUGAGUCAAAUCUGAAAUGGAACAAGUUUCUAAAAGCUUGGAGAAGCAAGUUUGGCCUCAAAAAAGGAAGUCCAACCAACAAGAGAUUGAUUGACAGAAUUCAAGAAUUGAAGAAGGAAAAAUCAGUUUCUGAUGAAUUUCUUUGGAACUUUGUGGUAUGUGUUGUCAAUUGUUGCAUUCGAUCAACAAACAACCCACAACUAUACAUUAAAUUCUUGUAUAAUUGUAUGGAUGUAAAGAAAAUUGCUGAAUUGGAUUGGUGCACAUUUGUGAUUGAGCACUUGAAAGAUUCUGUAAGUGUAUGGAAGAAGGGAAAUUCUUACUUUACAGGUCCUUUACCUUUUCUAAUGGUAUUCUAUUUUGAUCGUCUACAAAGAGGAGGGUUAGAAAAACCAAGAAAAUGUCCACUAAUUUCGGUGUGGACAAAGGAAAGGAUUCAAGUGAGAUAUAAGUUUGAAAAAGAUCAUGGAUUUGGAUAUGGAAAACUCUUGGAAAGAAUGGAAUCAAUUGUGAAGGCACCAAAAGGAAAAAAGAAACAACCAAAACAAAAGGAAAAAGAGAAGAGAAUGGAAAAAUCAUCAAUAGGUUCUAGUUCUACAACUUCUCGAAAUGACAUGAUGGUAUGAUUUAGUUUAUAUUGUAAAUUAUAUUUUAUGCUCCAUUUAAUCCUUUUCUGUUAAAUUAUCCAUGUUAUGUCCUUUAUGUUCUAAAAUAUUUUUGU